AUGUCAUGAAUCGUCGUACAAUAACUGCGAACAAUUGCUAACAGCACUGCAGUAAUACACAUAACCUUCCGUAGCUAACACGUCGUCUGUGAGACCGCCUAAGAAAAUUUCCGAUUAUUCCCAAAGAAAUCGCGAACGCGCUUGGCCAUUCUCGAUAGCUGAUUUUCUAGGGCUAGUGGACUCAGUAUCAAAAUUACAGCGGAGGUGAAUUGUUGUAGCGUGUGUUAUUAAGUAUUCGGUCUCUGAGACGGAUGUUGGUUGUGGUGUAACUUUUGUGGUAAGUUACAUUUUUGUUUUAUUUUGUAAGAAUUGUACUAAUUAUUUAUUGUUUUUAGAGAUUUCCGUAAAUAUGGCUUCUUCAACUUAUGAAGAAGAAGAAGAAAUACGACUACAGCGUAUGUUUGAUAAAUUGAAACGGACGUAGACGUAGCAGAAGAUAGCGAUUCAAGUUUGGGGGAAGACAAUAUUGAGAUUCAAGAAGAAAAUUCCGACAGUGAACAAGACAUAACAGAUAGCGAACUAAAUGGAAGUGGAAGCUGUAAACAGAGAAGAGAAACUCGCAUACCUUGCAUGAUAGGAAAAGAUGGAACCAAGUGGAGAAACCAUUGUCACCGAUAUCCCAAUUAUACAACAAUCGAUGAAAUGUUAUGGGCAUUCAGAGGAAGGAGUAUAUAUACCCUCGAAACCCAACAAAUAUGGCCUAAAAGUGUAUGCAUUGGUAGAUGCAAAAAUGUUUUAUACUGCGAAAAUGGAAAUAUAUGUUGGUCAACAACCAGUGGGGCCAUUUUAUGUAAACACAUCAAAUAUGUUUCUGGUGCCAAGAUUAUGUCAACCAAUUUCUGGAUCUAAUCGGAAUCUCACAACAGACAACUUCUUUUCAAGUAUUCCAUUAGCAUAUACUCUUCUCCAAGAGCAUAAACUGACACUUAUUGGUACUUUGAAAAAGAAUAAACCGCAAAUACCACCAGAUAUGAUGAUAAAGAGGCCCGAAAAGACGACUAUGUUCGCAUUUGAAGAAAAAAGUACCUUAGUAUCGUAUAUCCCUAAACCACGAAAAAACGUAUUUCUUCUUUCAACUAUGCAUCUUGACGACUCGAUUGAUGGGGAAACAGGAAAACCAUCGAUUAUAAUCGACUAUAACAAGACCAAAGGCGGAGUGGAUACGGUUGACAAGUUAUGCGCAGCUUAUAACUGCGCUAGGAUUACCCGCCGCUGGCCUCUAGUUCUUUUCUAUGGCCUGUUAAAUAUAGCAGGUAUUAAUUCUUACAUUAUAUAUAAAAAUAACAAUAUCGACAAAAACAUUCCAAGCAGUGGUCCAAAACAUAAGCUUGAUCAAGAAGUUAAUCUUAUGAUGCUUUGGCACAAUGUCACUGACGACGAACUUGAUGUGGAAUCCAUAUUUCAACGACCUACCCCAUCAGUUAGUGAACCACAACGAUGUAUGGAAGUUGAAGAAUUCAAGGGAUUGGAUCCUGAACCAGGAUGUACUCGUUAUAUGUCGCGUGACCCUUUGACCAGCAAGGCCACUAGUAGCAUAUAA